AUAAUGUAGACGGAUAGGUUUAUUUGAAAUAAUAAAAAAGUUUGAGUUUAGGUGAAAGUGUUAAUGACCUAAACGUUUUUGUGGUCUCUAAAUACAUGUUUUUUUUUUCUAAUCGUGAUUGUUUAGUCUUUUUCAUGAAACAACAUCAGACUUCUGAAGCCACAAACAUCCUCUUGAGUCUGGACAUUAUUAUGGCACUUCCAUCAGUGCUGAUGCUUCUGUGUGCUUUUCCUCUUUCAAAUGCAGCGGGUCGUCUAAGAGAAUUCCAUCUUUUAAAUAAAACGUACAUCAAUGAAACUCUGGUAACUACAGUUUGCAAAACAAACUACACUGACAUUGUCACAGUUUAUGACGAUAAAGACAAUAAAGAGCUUUUAAAACAUAUCAAAGACUCAGAUGCUCCAUCUGUCUUAAUUGGUGCUCACACACUUAACACAAAAUACACAAGUAAAUGGUCAAAUGGAGAUGACGUCACCUUCACUUCAUUCACUGAGAAAUGUACAUGUACUACUGAAAUAUGUGGAGCUGCUAUGAGAACUAAUGGAUCAUGGGAACUUCUGUCAUUCAAUGAGACAAAACACUUCAUGUGUUAUAAUGAAGGUGUUGACCGAUCAUCACACAACUACAGUUUAAUCUCUCAAAACAAAACCUGGACUGAAGCUCAGCUGUACUGUAGAGAGCAUCACACAGAUUUAGUCAGUAUCACAAAUGAGCAGGAAAAUGAGCGAGUAAAGAAUGAAACAAGAGAGUUUCCUUUCUGGAUCGGCCUCCUGCAUGAUAAGAUUGAAUGGUUUGAUGGAGGAAGAUCUGCUUACAGAGAUAAAUUAUUUUAUCCAAAGGAAGAAAAAGGGUUUUUAAUCUCUGGACAAGGUUGGACACAAGCAUCAUUCCCGAGUAAAUACUACACUCUUUGCUACAAAAGUCUCAUUCACGUGAGCACUCAUGAAAUGUCCUGGGAAGAAGCUCUGGAUUAUUGCAAUGCUCCUGGCCUACUGCGCAUCGAGUCCAAAGACGAUCAGAUAGAAACAGAGCGAGAAUUACGAAAACAGAAGAUUUCUGAACCGGUGUGGAUUGGACUUCGACAGAGUCGCCUUUUUGGUUUCUGGAUUUGGAUGAACGGACCUAACGUGGGAUCCUGGACUAACUGGAAAGGAGGACGUCAACCUGAACAUCAGAUCUCUCAUCACUGUGGUGUCAUGGAGAAGGUGGACGGCACAUUCAAAUGGGCUGAUAAAGACUGCAGAUCUAAAUUUAGAGUUUUAUGUGAGAAAAACAGACAGCUGAAAUUCUAACUCGAGAGUUCAGAUGUACAUCUGUGUUUUAAUUCACUCUGUAAUUCUUGUAUGUAUUAACAAAUUCACUUUGUUUCAAAAAUUUCGUUUUUAAUUCACGUCUAAUCGUAUGUGGUGUGUAGGUUUACCUCCAUCUGAAGAUUAAAUAACC